AUUUCACUUCAGUGUAUUUGUAAAAAAAUCGCUAGACUGAAGCUCUUUUAUUUCACUUUCUAUGCUCGUGUCUCUUCUCUCUCACAAGGUAAUAAUGACUUGUAUAGCUUAGAUCAGUUGUUAAACAGAUUAAGUUUUGAUAACUGAGUGGAGGAGGAUGGCAAAGAAGAAGAAUUGUCUGGUAUUUAUGGAUGUGUCCAUAGAUGGGGAUCCGGUUGAAAGGAUGGUUUUUGAGCUUUUCUAUGAUGUUGCUCCGAAGACUGCUGAAAAUUUCCGUGCAUUAUGCACAGGAGAAAGAGGAGUCAGUCCAAACACUGGAAAGUCACUACAUUACAAGGGUUCUUUCUUUCAUCAAAUCGUUAAAGGCUCCAUUGCCCGGGGAGGUGAUUUUGUAAACCGAAAUGGGACUGGUGGAGAAAGCAUUUAUGGUUCCAAGUUCCCAGAUGAAUCACCUAGGCUAAAGCACGAUGCUCCAGGCCUUCUUUCCAUGCCAGUUGCUGAUCGUGACACUCUUGGUUCUCAUUUUAUCAUCACUUUUAAAGCUGAUCCACAUCUUGAUAGGAAACAUGUAAUCUUUGGAAAGCUUGUGCAAGGAGAUAAAAUAUUGAAGAAAAUUGAAGAUGUGGGUGAUGAAGAAGGACUUCCAAGCGUAACUGUUAAAAUAAUUAGUUGUGGUGAACAUAAUGAGGAUGGAAAGAAGAUAAAUAAGUCAAAAAAGGGAAGACUUGGAUCUUCUGAAACCCAUAGUCCUGAACUGCACAGGGGAAAGCACAAAAAAUCUUCAGGUGACAAAAGGAAAAGAAGAAAGUACUACUCAUCAGAAUCGAGUAGUUCCUCAGAUUCAGACAUGAGAUCAUCAGAAAGUGAUAGUGAUUCUGACUCGGAUACAUCUUCAUCUUACACAAGUUCCUCCAGUGAUGACAGGCGGAGAAAGAGAAAGAGGUCUAGGAAAGAUAAACAUAGACGCGGAAAAAGAAGAGACCAACACCGAGACAAGAGACGAAGGAAACAAGACAAAAGGUCAAAACGCAAAUCAAGAAGGGAAUUGACCUGUCAUACGGAUUCAGAUAGUGAUAAUAAGACCGGCAACAGCUCUGGUGGUGAAAGCCGUGGUGCUCAAGCAAAAGAUCAAAAGCAUAAAGAUCAUUCUCAGAAGCAUGCUGAAGGUCAGUCUUCCUUGGUUGUGGAUAAAGAAUUACCUGCUGUGCUCCUCACAAAAGGGGAGAAACUGAACAUGCUGGAGGAGGAAAAAUUCCCAAAGGAAAAUGGACAGCGGCGUAGCAAUGGCAAUGGAGCCAACUAUAGAUCUGACAGAAGUGAAGGGAGGCAGCCUGAUGUGAUGGAUGAUCAACCAGGCAAAUCUAGGAGUCAAAGCAUGAGUAUUAGUCCAAAGCGUGAGAGCAGAAGUCCUAGCAUUAGUCAAAAAAGGAGGUUGAGCAGAAGUCCAAGUGGUAGUAGAAGCCCUCAAGCUCCAUUACGGAGGAGUUUGAGCGGGAGUCCAAACAGAAGAAGCAUCAGCAAAAGCCCAGUGAGAGGUAGAAAGGGGAAAAGUGUCAGUAAAAGCCCUGUGCGAUCUCGUGGAUAUAGAAGUGUCAGUACAAGCCCUGUUAGAUCCCUUUCCCGGAGCCACCAGAGGACUUCAUCCAGAGCACCAUCACGAAGAUCAAUCAGCAGAAGUCCUGUGAUUAAUCAUAAUCAUAGAAGUGUCAGUAGAAGUCCUAUUAGAUAUCGUGAUCAUAGAAGUGUUAGUGUAAGCCCUGCAAGAUCCCUUUCCCGGAGCCGCAAGAGUUCACCCAGAGCACGAUCACAAAGAUCAAUCAGCAGAAGCCCUGUGAGAACACACAAUCAUAGAAGUGUCAAUAGAAGCCCUGUGAGAUCUAGUGGUCGGAGAAGUGUCAGUGCAAGCCCUGUGAGACCCCUUUCUCGGAGCCGGAGGAGGAGUUCACCCAGAGCGCCAUCUCGAAGAUCAAUCAGUAGAAGUCCAUUGAAAACUGAUAUUCGUAGAAAUGUUAGUAGAAGCCCUGUGAGAUCCCAUGGUCAUAGAAGUGCGAGCGCAAGCCCUGUAAGAUCGCCUUCACGGGGCCGCAGGAGGACUUCACCCAGAGCACAAUCACGAAGAUCAAUCAGCAGAAGCCCUGUAAGAGUGUCCAGAAAGACCAUCAGCAGGAGUCCAGUUAGAUCAUCGGCCAGAAGCAUGAGCAGAAGCUUGAGCAGAAGUUCUGGCAGAGUCCCUGUAAGAAGCAUCAGCCGAAGUCCAGCUAGAGUGCCAAGCAGAGGCAAUCGCCACAGUUAUUCUAGGAGUCCACGUGGUAGAAGCUUGUCUAGAAGUGUGUCACCUGAUGUUUCCCCAAAACGUAUUAGAAGGGGAAGAGGUUUCAGUGAACAGUACUCCUAUGCUAGAAGGUAUAGAACUCCCUCUCGAUCUCCUGUGAGGUCGUACCGCUAUAAUGGAAGAAGUUACCGUGACAGAUAUUCAGGUUACAGGAGGUACUCCCCUAGGCGUAAUAGGAGCCCACUUCCACGUAGAAGAACUCCACCAAGGUUCCGGAGGAGGAGCAGGACGCCAUCUGUAUCACGCAGUCCCCGAUAUCGAGGACGACGAUAUAGCCGAAGCCGUAGCCCCGUUCGAAGCCGUAGCCCUGUUCGCAGUCGUUCACCUGUCGGUACAUUUCGACCUCGUGUUGAGAAGAGCAGGUCUUUAUCCAGGAGUAGAAGUCCUUCACGAUCCAGGGCUUCUAUGGAAUCACAAUCUCCACUGAAGGCGAGCAGGAACAGUAGGUCAAGGUCCCCCCCUGAAAGCCCAAAUGCAAAGAAAGGCCUUGUAUCCUACGGAGAUGGUUCUCCCUAUUCAAACUAAGGUGAAAUACUAUGUCUGGCGUGUCUAGUGAGAUCGUCACCAACAUCUCUUAUUUUCCUUUAUAAGCCAUUUUCUGGAUAUUUUUCCUCUGUUGAAUUGAAAUGGCUUGCAAACACAGUAAUAGUGUUAGAAUAUUUAGAGACUAGAAUGCAGUUGUGUUGUUUCGGUGUAGUGACCGAGAUGAGUCGGACGUGUUACCUAUGAAGUUAUUUCGUAGUUAUUAAAUGCAUCUGAGUAGAAUUAUGAA